AUGCCCGCGGAGGAGUUUGUGGCCGGCUGGAUCUCUGGAGCUCUGGGCUUGGUCCUGGGACACCCCUUUGACACUGUGAAGGUGCGGCUGCAGACCCAGACCACAUACCGGGGCAUCGUCGACUGUAUGGUCAAGACUUACCGCCAUGAGUCGCUCCUGGGCUUCUUCAAGGGGAUGAGUUUCCCCAUCGCCAGCAUAGCUGUGGUCAACUCCGUCCUGUUCGGGGUCUACAGCAACGCCCUGCUGGUGCUGACGGCCACCUCCCACCAGGAGCGGCGGGCCCAGCCGCCCAGCUACACACACGUCUUCAUAGCUGGCUGCACCGGGGGGUUCCUGCAGGCCUACUGCUUGGCUCCUUUUGAUCUCAUCAAAGUCCGGCUACAAAACCAGACGGAGCCCAGGGCGAAGCCAGGGAGCCCCCCACCCCAGUACCGGGGGCCCGUGCACUGUGCCGCCUCCAUCUUCCAGGCCGAGGGGCCCCGGGGGCUGUUCCGGGGAGCCUGGGCCCUGACUCUGAGGGACACCCCUACUCUGGGAAUCUAUUUCGUCACCUAUGAAUGGCUGUGUCGCCAAUUCACACUGGAUGGCCAGACCCCCAGCUCGGGCACAGUGCUGGUGGCAGGGGGCUUUGCCGGCAUCACCUCCUGGGUCGCCGCCACCCCCUUGGAUGUGAUCAAGUCCCGGAUGCAGAUGGCGGGGCUGAAGCAGAGGGCCUACAGGGGGCUGCUGGACUGCAUGGUGAGCAGCGCCCGGCAAGAAGGACUGGGGGUCUUCUUCCGAGGGCUCACCAUCAACAGUGCCCGCGCCUUUCCCGUCAACGCUGUCACCUUCCUCAGCUACGAACACCUCCUCCUCUCCUGGGGGUGA